UACGACUCGGAACCAGGUUCCACAGUCCAGUAGGUGACUUCCACCCUGGACCUUUUCCCGUGUUGCGCACUGCAUGUGUGUGGCACUCGUCGGGGCAAGAAACUGGCGUCUGCAUUUUCUGGACUAUGCUUUUCUGGUAGAGGAACCCAGAGGACUGAUCAGCUCUUGCAGGUCUAAAACCAUGGCCCGUGGAUCCCUGACAUUCAGUGAUGUGGCCAUAGGCUUCUCUCAGCAGGAGUGGGAAUGUCUUGAUCUUGUUCAGAAGACUUUGUACCGGGAUGUGAUGAUGGAGAACUAUGGUAACUUGGUUUCACUGGCAGACCAUUACAUUUCUAAGCCAGAUGUAAUCACCUUACUGGAGCAAGGAAAAGAGCCCUGGAUGGUUGUGAGGGAGGAAACGGGAAGCUGGAGAACAGAUUUUGAAUCAAGAUAUGAUAUAAUCAGCUAUGGAAAUACGUACAUUUCUACAAAACCUUCAUCUCUUACUCUGCAUCACAGAAUCAAUAAUGGAGAGAAACCAUACAGAUGCAAGGAAUGUGGGAAGGCCUUUAGUCGUCAUACAGACCUUAGAGUACAUCAAAUAAUUCAUACUGGUGAGAAACCGUAUGAAUGUAGGGACUGUGGCAAAGCCUUUAGUCGUCUUACAGACUUUAAAGUACAUAAGAGAAUUCAUACUGGUGAGAAACCCUACGAAUGUGAAGAAUGUGGGAAGGCCUUUAGUCGUGCCUCAAACCUUGCUCAACAUGGAAGAGUUCAUACUGGUGAGAAAUCCUAUGGAUGUAAGGAAUGUGGGAAGGCCUUCAGUGACAUUGGAACACUUAGAAUACAUCAGAGAAUUCAUACUGGUGAGAAACCCUAUGAAUGUAAGGAAUGUGGGAAGGCCUUUAGUCAAGCCUCAAAUCUUAUACAACAUGACAGGAUUCAUACUGGUGAAAAACCCUAUGAAUGUAAAGAUUGUGGAAAGGCUUUUAGUCAUGCUUCACAUCUUGUUAGACAUGAGAGAAUUCAUACUGGUGAGAAACCCUAUGAAUGUAAGGAGUGUGGGAAGGCUUUUAGGAGUAGCCAUCAACUCACUAUACACCAUAGAUUUCACACUGGUGAGAAACCCUAUGAAUGUAAGGAAUGUGGGAAGGCCUUUAGUGUGUAUGGACGACUUACUCGGCAUGAAAGUAUACAUAGUGGUAAGAAACCAUUUGAAUGUAACCAAUGUGGGAAGUCCUUUAGGCUCAGUUCAAGCCUUAAGGUACAUCAGAGUAUUCAUACUGGUGAAAAACCCUUUGAGUGCUACAAAUGUGGGAAGUCCUUUAGACUUAGCUCAAUGCUUAAGGCACAUCACAGAAUUCAUACUGGAGAGAGACCUUAUGGGAUAUAUGUAUAGUAGACAGUGGGAUUGCAGCACUGGAGAAACAGUUUAAAUGAAGAGAAUGUGAGAAAGCUUUUCACAUUUCAGUUCUUAUAAAGCAUCAACUAAUUUGUGCUGGCAAGAACUCCUUGGAAUUUAAAUAAUAUUUGAAGUGUUUCAGUUAUGACCCAAAUACUGCUCACCUUCAGAGAAUUUAUAUUGUACUUUAUAUUAGAAAAUCUUCUAUGGAAUUUUAUAUGUGGACUAUGUUUUACUAUUCACUGGGUGGCUCUUUGGCCAAGGGUACAAGGCAGUGGGUGCCACCAAGGAAAAGACCAGUGCAUGAUUUGAGGUCAUUAAGAACAAAAAAUAUACCCUGGGAAAAAUACACAGUGUUUACUUACAGUAAGAGGGGAAGUAGAGGCACAAAGUCAAGGUCCUUGCAAUGUGUUAGUAACCCAUGGCCAGCAGAUCAACUCCACAUCUGACAUGGGCAGUAUAGCUGCUCACAGCCCACUUUGUUCUGCAGUGGCAGAAUACCACCUUCUUUUUUUUUUGUCUUUUUGCUAUUUCUUGGGCCA